CAGAUUGGACCAUGCAAAAACUGCAAAAUGAUCAUGGAUACAGCUGGGAACGAUCCCUAUUGUUUUGUGGAGUUCUAUGAGCAUCGCCACGCGGCUGCAGCGCUCGCUGCUAUGAAUGGCCGGAAGAUAAUGGGAGGUGAAAGUGAACUGGGCAACAACCCCCAGCAGCCAGAAGAAAGAUACGAGCAACCAUUUCCAUGUCUUUGUCGGAGACCUCAGUCCAGAAAUCACAACUGAAGAUAUUAAAGCAGCUUUUGCGCCAUUUGGAAGAAUAUCUGUUGUCUGUACUGGACAUUGAAGUUUCUUGAUGGUGAUGUAAGAGAACGUAGAGUGCUUUGGAGUGUUGUGUAGUGAAGCGUUUAAUUGAAGUAAGUUUGUUUUUUUGUUUUUUUUUGUUUUUCCCUCAGAGCCCAGUGUGUUACUCUUUUCAUGCCAGCUUAAUUUCCUCUUAUGAUAAGGUUUAAAAAAAAGUGAUCUGAAUGUCGCUCGCUUCAGAGAACUGCAAAGCUUGACUCCAUCUCCUAAUCGUCAUCCAGGCAAUGUAGAGGGUCAGAAUCCUAAGGAGAGUCAAUUUAUCCUCACGGCCAGACGUGCUCUGGACGGAAGGCGUGAGGGACUCUAAAGUAGGUCUGAACUGGCGCUUUGCUGCUGGAAUGAGAACGCAGGGCAGGGAGCAGUAGAUGGCUGCGUUGGCGUGAAUGUGGUGGAGCUACGAACGAAUUUGCCCCGACCUAUUGAGCAGUGGGGUUCCAGGGUGACUCUCAGCAGAUGCUCUUCUUUACCAAACAAAUACACCCAAAACAAAACCCCUCCUGAGCAUGGGGUAAAAAUUAACUUCUGAUUAUCACCUGGGGGAGCAGAAACGAUAGAGAACAUUGCUCCACGGUCCCUGUUCCCUUUGUUCCAGGAGAGCUUUUUGGAUGCAGAGCUGCUGCCGCGUAGCGUGAGGUUUCUCUUCCCUAGCAGCGGUGGUGGCAGGGAAGGGUGAGCAGUGCUCUCUUUUGGAUUCCUCAGCACACCGCUGGGAAGCCAACAAAAUGAAAGCUGCAGUUUGCCCUGGCUUAAGCUGCCAAUCCAAAACGAGAGUAGGGAAAAAUUGUCCCCAUUUGAACUCUUAAACUCUUGUUCCACCAGAGGGUCAAAUAAAGCAGGAGGGGCCUUCAUUUUCUCCUCGUUUAAAUCUAACCUGAAGGAAUAAAUAUUGCUACUGCCUCUUAAACAGUCGAAUGAAGUUACGUGACUUGACCUGUUCCUCAUCAGUGACUAGUUUCUGGGAAUGUGGUGCUAAUGGAAUAUUUCCUGAUUAAUUUUUUUAAAACAUUGUUUUCGUUGGUGUUAAACUGAGCUUUUUUUUUUUCGUGAAACCAAGGUUGAACUACUGCAUGAUUAGCACAUAAGAAAUUUUGGUAAUUCUUUGCAUCUGAACUUUUAAAUCACUGUAAAAGCACACUUUCAUUGUGGUUUCCUUUUAUGCUUGCUCUACGCAUGUUUUCACUUGUUCUCAAGUCUUAUUUUCAAAGUUUUCAGUUGAGGGUAAGUAGAGAUGAGUUUUUCCCCCCCCUCCCUCUUUAGGCUAUUCAGAGCAAACCGAUCUAAAAGUACCCAAGUGGCUCUUCUCAGGCAAUUUGUAACCAACUACCCACAUUCAGACCGAACCCAGGAAGGAGGAAAAAAAAAAAGAGGGAGGGGGGAGGUAUUACAAAAAAAAAUAAAUAACAUUUCUAGCAAGAAGAGGUAUUUUCCUCGGGCCUUAACGAUGGUGUCAGUGCUGUGGGCUUACGUGUACCGGAAUAAGCUGAUGAUACACCAUUUGCAGUUAAUGUCAGGCUUAAAAAUAUAAAUGAGUGUAACGAACCUUCUCUUCAUUGUGACUUUUCUCGCCAGUCUUGGAAUGCUAAAUGUUGUGCACAUGUUACGCUAGUUUUCUCUGAACCGUAUAGUUUUAUACCGACGUAAGUUACGCUGCAUGACUUUCUGACUGGUUUUCUGUUUUUGUUUCUGUUCUUUACUGCCUGUAUGUGUGGGGCAAAGGAGGGGAGGAGAGGGUGGCCCGUAGGGGAGAGCAUCUCAGCCCUUGGCUAACUCGUACGCAAAUUGCCUGAGAAACACUGUAGAAUGACGUUCCACGAGUGGGGUUUAGCUCUUGUAGCUGGGUUCUCUUUUUAACUCAAUCUCAAAUAAUAGGGCUCUGGUUAUUUUGCAGAGUGUCUCUGAAGAAUGGACAGAAUUGCCAUGGCUAACUACAAGCUACAGUUCACAGUGGACAAACGUUGUAGUUUUCUUAUUUACUUUUCUAAAUUUUAUUUUUAUUUUUUGCUUUUUUAUAUCUUGUAGUUUCCAAUCAGUCCUGUAUGAUUGCUGUUGUACAAAUGCAGUUUAAAUGAUUUGUAAUAAUGUAGUUUAAAACAUAAAUGUUUCGGUGUUUUAUUUUCUUCAAUAAUUUCUGAAAAUGUCAAUCUCUCAAAAUUUACAGCUGCCCACAGUCCAAAAAGGGGGUAACGAAUUGACCUGAGAAAAUUAAAGAAUUCAGUUAACAGGCGACAGAUGCGCGUGUGGUUAAGGACAUGGCAACGGGAAAAUCCAAAGGCUAUGGCUUCGUUUCCUUCUUCAAUAAAUGGGAUGCAGAGAAUGCUAUUCAGCAGAUGGGUGGCCAGUGGCUUGGUGGAAGGCAAAUCAGAACAAACUGGGCAACAAGGAAACCUCCGGCUCCAAAGAGUACCUACGAAUCAAACACCAAACAGCUAUCUUACGACGACGUGGUCAAUCAGUCCAGCCCGAGCAAUUGCACUGUGUACUGCGGAGGUGUGACCUCGGGACUGACAGAACAGCUAAUGCGCCAGACCUUUUCUCCGUUCGGGCAGAUAAUGGAAAUUCGAGUCUUCCCCGAUAAAGGAUACUCCUUCGUACGGUUUAAUUCUCACGAGAGCGCUGCACACGCGAUCGUUUCUGUCAACGGAACAACUAUAGAGGGACACGUGGUGAAGUGCUACUGGGGCAAGGAAACACCAGACAUGAUCAGUCCGGUCCAGCAGAAUCAAAUCGGCUACCCGCAGGCGUACGGGCAGUGGGGCCAGUGGUACGGCAACGCGCAGAUCGGUCAGUACAUGCCCAACGGCUGGCAGGUCCCGGCGUACGGGAUGUACGGGCAGGCGUGGAACCAGCAGGGCUUCAACCAGACGCAGUCUUCGGCGGCGUGGAUGGGCGCCAACUACGGAGUUCAGCCACCGCAGGGGCAGAACGGGAGCGUGAUCACCAACCAAACUGGAUACCGCAUGGCAGGCUUCGAAACGCAGUGAGAAAAGGACUCUGAAGCCGAAGGCUGCUGGGCUCGAGGCUGCGAGGAGUGCUGCAAAGCCUUUGUUUACCGCCAAGAAUUACCAGAUCAAGUCAGUGCAAGUGUCAGAUACGAUGUAUUUAUUUAAGAGAGAGAGAGAGAGAGAGAGAAAAAAGCGUUUUUAAUCAUGAAAUUGUCAUCCACAUUGUUUAAAAAAAAAAAAAAAAAGAAAACAGGAAAAAAAAAAUCACAACAACCGAGAUGCUGGAUGUCUGCCAACUUUUGCCUUCUUUUCCUCCUUUCUAGAUGUGUUUCUUAAGAUCCACGUUUGAAACACAGCAAAUGCAGGGACUACUGCCACUUAGAAUUGGGGCAGGAAAUUGCACAAUUGUCAAACUUCUUUUUUUUUUUUUCCUUGGAAGUAGCGUGCAGUUUUAGUUUGCAUUCCGAAUGAUUUAAAGAUGUAUUAUAAAAGCCGUUGUACAAAAA